CGGAACUUUCGCCGCCUUCACCGCCUCAGUAGGGACCCGAUGGUUAAUUGUCACUUUUGGCUCAGCGACUGUUUGGAACAUCGAGAACCAAGGGUCGAACACACCUUCCGGCAACGUCAGCUUCGCCGCCUUCUUCUCAUUAAUCUUGAAGAAGGAGUCCCUCAAGAUGAUUUCAG